UGCAAUCAUUUAUCUAGCGAGAGAAAGCAAAGGAGAGAGCCUUUAUCCCAACUGACCAUUUCUUUAUAGGACUUUCAGAAUUCUGUUGACCGCAUGUUGUGUAUUUGAGUUGUUUAAAGUUCUUGAAUAUUUAAAGAAGAAAACGUUCCUCUAUUUUAUAUUAUCAUGAAUCGUUACUUGGACUUGGUGGAUCCCUGGACUCGACCAAGCAGAGCUGAAGUAGACGACCUUUGGGAUAUAGCCUGUUUACAGAGACAAGUACCCUUUCGAUUGGAGAAAAGUGGGGACCUAAAUGCUCCUUCUUCUUCUACUGUAGUUGUUGCCGCGUCUAUUUUGAGUUGUCAAGUUGUUCAAGUGCUUGUGGAGAAAGGUAAUGAAAGCUUCCUAUGGGCCACCAUCUUUCGAGAAGACAUGGAAGUUUUCAAGCUAUAUCUUUCCAAAAUUGAAGGCGUAGGCUUUGUCUUAUUGGGUUUUCUGGUUGAUUUUUCAGAAAGUUAUGACUUACAUAGCAUCGGUUGCCUCUUGGUGGAUUCGUUCCUAAUUGGCCGUUGGAUAGUGUUGGACUCUAUGCCUGGCUACAAAAUGGGAAUUGUUCCAGAGGAGAACAAUAUUACGAGGUACUGUCUGUCUUCCCAAUCAAAGCAAGACUCCUCUCUCCACCCAUUGUUAUCUUACAUAUUGGAAGCACCAGCAGCUCUUACAGGUCUUUCGGCAGCUUUGAUGACGCGAUUGGAAAUAGGAAAGCAAUACGGUUGUGCAAUUGUGGUAUCAGAAAAUCAAUUGGAUAAUUCGGAACCUUCAGUAUUUGCUCUAUUAGUUGCAUUGCAGCUCCUUAUUCCUUUCGAUUGUUCCGUGGAAUAUAUUGAAAAUGUUAUUUUGCCUCAAGUGGAAAACAAACAUAGAAGAUACAAGGCCAAGAGAGAUUCUUUGUACUUGUGACCCACAUUCCUGUCGAUAGUUAAAUCAAACGAGAACCUUGUUCAUGUUUCGGGGUAGUUGAGCCGCCCAUAAAAAAUAGUAUAACAGAUAUUUUAAUGAUCGAUUUUGAGAUGCAU